AUGUCAGACACAGAACAACCACAAGCAGCCGAGGGCACCGAGUUGGUGCCCACCAGCAAUGGACAAGUCGUCCCCGAAGGCCAGAAAAAGGUCAAAAAAAUAAUACGCGUCAAGAAGAAGCGACCAGCGCGACCUCAGAUCGACCCGGCUCUCGUCAAGUCGGAGCCACCGCCGCAAACGGGCACAACUUUCAACAUCUGGUAUAACAAAUGGUCCGGCGGUGACCGUGAAGACAAAUACACCUCCCAGACGGCCGCCAAGGGUCGAUGCAACAUCGCAAAGGACUCGGGAUACACCAAGGCUGACCAAACGACGGGCUCUUACUUCUGUCUCUUCUUCGCGCGCGGCGUGUGCCCCAAGGGCCAGGACUGCGAGUACCUCCACCGGCUGCCCACGCUGCACGACCUCUACAGUCCCAACGUGGACUGCUUCGGCCGCGACCGUUUUUCCGACUACCGCGACGACAUGGGUGGCGUGGGUUCCUUUAUGCGGCAGAACCGGACAAUCUACGUCGGGCGGAUCCACGUUACAGACGACAUUGAGGAGGUGGUGGCGAGGCAUUUUGCAGAAUGGGGCCAGGUCGAGAGGAUACGGGUGCUGAACCAACGGGGUGUCGCCUUUAUCACCUACACAAACGAGGCCAAUGCGCAGUUUGCAAAGGAGGCCAUGGCUCAUCAGAGUCUCGACCAUAACGAGAUUCUCAACGUGCGCUGGGCCACAGCGGACCCGAACCCAAUGGCUCAGGCUAGAGAGGCUCGGAGGGUGGAGGAGCAGGCCGCCGAGGCGGUGCGGAGGGCGCUUCCGGCUGAAUUUGUGGCCGAGAUCGAGGGCAGGGAUCCCGAGGCGAGGAAGAGAAGAAAGAUGGAGAGUUCGUACGGGCUGGACGGUUACGAGGCGCCUGAUGAGGUACAUUUUGCCAGGGGUGCCCAGGCCGUCAACCCGGUCGGCAGGAGGGGUUUUGAAGAACAACUAAUGUUGGAAGGUGGCGGUGAAGACGUCUCUGCAAGGGAGGCCUUGUUCGGAGCGGAAGGGAGCGGGAGUGGCGCGGAUGGUGAUGCAGGAGGGAUAUUUUCCAGCAGCACGUUGGCGGCGCUCAAUUCAGCACAGGUCAAAGUCUCUGCUCAGCCAAAGCAGGCUGCAGCGACGGGGCCGUUGGUGGCAUACGGAAGUGAUAGCGAGGAUGAUUGA